AUGCCCGCGCCUGUACCGAAUUCGAACCUUGUCUUUAAGCCGAGUUCUUCUCAUAACGGUGUCCCUGAUGAUCCCGAGCCGAAACCACCUUUCCAGCUGAACUCUGCGGACCUCCCCAAUCUAGCGGCAUCGCCAUCAUCCCAAAACGUCUCCACUUCGUACACCUCACGAACAUCGACAGCGAUGGAUAUCCCGCGACGCCCAUCACCGUGGUCAGACCUCGCUCAUUCCUUAUCAUCCACCUCGUCGUCUGUGUCCCUAUCCGCGUCCCUUGGUCGAAAGACAUCUGUCGAGGGUUCACCAGCUUUAUCUCCAUUCACUCAUUCCUCCUCAGUCUCACCUUCAUCGGUUUCAGGAACGAUCUCGGUACAAAGCAUGACCCCUCCGGAAUCUGUCAAUCUUCUCCCGACCCCGCCCGCUUCUAGUUUCGUCUUGACCUCGCAUCAUUUUGGCCGCUCAUCCCCAAGUAGCAUUCUCCCAAGUGUCAAUUCGCCUUCGAGAGCCAACAAGGACGUUCAUGCUUUUCCCGCCUUUGGUCGAGGGGGCAAUCUGAUGGUCUCGAGCCAUGAUGCAAUUCUUCGACUCUCUGCUGAGAAGGACAAAUCUGGACACAUCGAAUACAAGCUGAAACUCGUAAACCCCACUGCGGAGCGAUUCGAAAAGUUGGUCACGCAGAUGGUCUGGAGAUUGAAAGAAGGCAGAGGGGAGGCGAUAUAUGAAAUUGGGCUGGCUGACGAUGGAACCGUCGUUGGUCUCCCCAGAUCCGACAUGGACGCCUCACUUCGCACACUUGAGAACAUGGCCGCGGAAAUUGGCGCCACAGUUAUCCUCCUGAAAGAAAUCAUUUUAGCGGGGAGCGGAACAUACAGUUCAUCCUGGACGCAGAGCGAUGGGCACUCACAGGUUCAACAGGGGCCAUCAUCACCCAUCGCGUCGCCGAGUUGCUCCAAAGGUCGAUCGCUCUCUUCUAGGAAGCCGUCUAUCAAGACUGUACCCCUUCAAGUCAAAGACGAACGAACGCACGGGAGAGGAAAGGAAAAAUUUGUGGUCUUCGAUCCGGAGGAUCUGGUAGCUGGUCAAGAGGGAUUAAGCUCGGACGAGGAAGAGUUGGAGCACGACAUUGAUGGCUUGGGUCCCAGAUCCGCUACUGGACCGAGUCCUGGAUCUGAUCCUCAAAUCGGUGAUGAGAUGUCUUUGUUGACAAGCAAUACUCGGCCCCGAACCUCGCUUGGUCCAUCAGGAACGGAUCCAGCCGACGAUAUGCCAUUCACCUUAGAUUUCGAUACGCCCCUUGCCUCUGACCAGAAUGGGGACAAGGGUAAUCCGGUUUUCGGCUCUCAGACCGAACGUCUUCAACGCUGCUACCCUCACAAGGCGCUCUCUGCUAAAGCGCGCCGAGCUGAAGCACGACGUUCGGCCAGACGAAUGGACUUGCUGCGAGGUGAUGGGAGAGGGCCGGUAUGGAUACCGGGUGUGGGUCCAAAGUCGGUGCACGACGAUGCGGAGCGAAGCGCAGAUGGUUCAAUAGGGGAUGCUCAGAUGCCUCGUCGCGAGACUUUCGAUCAGCCAGAGGGGAACUCGAUGCCCGUCUCUGAUAACGUUACUACGGACGACCCGUUGUUCGAACAGCUCAUCCAUGAACCUCUCGAUACGCUCAGUUUAUCGUUUGCGAGUCUUCGGCUGAUCCCAUCGCAAGCGCAUCUCGACGACUCUGAACACGGCAAACAUGGCUCAGAAUCCCCCGUGUCAUCGUCCUCGUCCUCGUCCUCAUCCUCAUCUUCCUAUACAUCGUCGUGUUCAUCCUCGACCUACCUUGCGGAUCAGAUGUACGAGCUCCAUCCUCUCGAUAGGGUCUGUGUGGAGGCUUUGAUCGUGAGAAAAAACGUCCAUGAGCCGACUGUCAGGCCAAGACGUCUAUCUGGGGAGAGGGAUGGUACGAGGGAGGACGGAGAUGAAGAAGUGGAGAUGCUGGCGAUGCAGGACGAAGAUGAGUGGGAGGAAUAUGGAGGGGCGGAGGAUUCUUGGGGGUUAGGUGGGGGAGGGGAUGAUGAGUGGCAGGAUGCGGGGCGGUGA